AUCGAAUCGAGGCUAGAACUCCGAGAACUCAGGUGAAGAGGAAACGCGAUGGCAUUGACGGUGGCGAAGAGUGCGUUGGAAGCGAUCAGAGAGAAAGGUCUCGGCGGUUUCCUCAGGAUGAUCCGUGAAGAAGGCUUCUUGAGAUGCCUACCAGAUGGGAACCUCUUGCAAACUAAAAUACACAACAUAGGAGCAACACUUGUUGGUGUCGACAAGUUCGGUAACAAAUACUACCAGAAGCUGGGUGAUACUCAAUACGGUAGACAUAGGUGGGUAGAGUACGCAUCCAAGGAUCGUUACAACGCAUCUCAAGUACCAGCCGAAUGGCACGGAUGGCUUCAUUUCAUCACUGAUCACACUGGAGAUCAGCUAUUGAGUCAGAAACCACAAAGGUAUGGGAUUGAGCAUAAGGAGAACUUCUCUGGGGAAGGUGAUGCAUACAUUUACCAUUCUAAAGGACAUACCUUGAACCCCGGGCAAAAGAACUGGACUCGCUACCAACCAUGGGUACCCACCAAGACCAAGUAAGAAUGUGAGAAACUGAGAGCUCUGGUUUACACUCUUUGAGAAUCUCUCUGAGUGAUUUGUUGUUUUGUUUCUGUCUCUUUUGAAUAAAAGGAAGUUGUUUUGGAUCUAAAGCAAACAGUUGUGUUUAUGGAACUGUGUAAUUGGUGAUGGUUUAUCUCAUAUUGGUUACUUAAGCUUUACUUCACCUGUAGAGAGGAGUGUAGA